UAGUUAACCUCACUUUUUCACAUGAUAUUAAAAACAUUUUUAUUGUUGUCCUACAGUUCAAAGAGAAUAUUUAUUAAUUAAAAUGGGAGCGAAAUUUAAGAAUCAUACAAAAGUGCCACAACAAAAUGAAGUAAAAACGAGGAAACAGCUUAGAAAGGAAAAACGCAAAGAAAAAAAAUCGAAAAAGAAUGAAUGGUAUACAACUAGGAAUAAACCAGGUAAAUAUGUCGUAAAUCCAAACAAAGAUGAUGAGGAAAGCAAUUCUAUUCCUAAAAAAACUGUUUUGAAGAAUGAAAGUAUUUCUGAGAAACCUGUCCAGGGUUUGUCAGUGGAACAACAACGAAAAAAGGAACAAAAAGAGCAAAAGAAUCUUGAAAAAGAAAUGCAGAAACAGAGAAGAUUACAACUGAUUGAAGCAAACAAAAUUGAAGAAAGGAACAUAAAACAAUUAGAAAAGCAAUUGAAUUUAAACAAGAGAAAGUCAAAAGGCAUACCCAAAUCUUUUAUUGAAGAUGGUUUAGGAUAUUUAUUAGAAGUGUGUGACAGUGAACAUAUGAAGGAUGCAGUUGAAGCUGAAAAGGAACUGUUAAAUGCAAACGACGAUUUCGACGAAGAUUUUGCUUUAAUGACUGGUUCAAAAAUCAAAUCAAAAUCUAAGAUAAACCAAAAUAACCAAGAUACCUCAGAAAAUAACGAGGAAGAAUUUGAUGAUGAAAAUGAUGGAUUAGAUGAUUUUGAAGAUCUUUUAAAUGAAGAUGAUGAAUCAGAUUUAGAUUUAGGUGAAGAGGAAGAAUAUGAAGAUAUUAAUGAAGAGGACUUGCAGGAAGACUACAGUUCAGACGAAGCUGAUUUAAAGUUCAAAGCAGGAAUUAAUAAAAAAGAUAUUACUGAAUCAGAUAAUGAUGUAGAACAUGGGGACUCUGAUGGUAGUGAACAAUUAGUAAACAAGAAGAGAAAAAAAUCUAAUGGAAAUGUGAAUAAAAGCAAAAAGAAAGUCAAGUUUGCAGAUGACAGUUCUGAUGAAGACACAGAAGAACUUGAAGAAAAUUCUGAUGCAGAUGUACUAGCAGACAACUCUGAUGAGGAUAAUUUAGAUAGUGAGAAUAAGGAAGAAAUCAGUAAAUCAAAGUCUAAAAUGAAUCCAGAUGGAACCUGGGAAGAUAUUUACGGACGAUUAAGAGGAAAAGAUGGUUCCGUUAUAACUAAUAAUGAACAAAAAUACAUUCCUCCUGCAGUAAGAGCAAAAAUGGAAGCAGGAACUUCUGAGUCUGAUAAAAAAAGAUCGGAGAAAUUAAGCAGAUUAAGAAAACAAAUCAAAGGUCUCCUCAAUAGAUUAGCAGAAAGUAACAUGCAUAGUAUUGCGUCACAGAUGGAAGAAUUGUAUAUGAACAAUAGCAGAAACGACAUGAAUGAUACGCUUACUUCUUUAGUAAUGGAAUCAGUAAUUUCGAAUGUAAUCACACCAGAAAGACUGCUUAUGGAACACGUUUUGCUUAUCACAAUUCUACAUGCGAACGUAGGCACUGAAGUAGGAGCACAUUUUUUGCAAACUAUUGUCAAAAAAUUCGAUGAAUACCACAGAGAUGGGCAUCCUGUAGAAAAUAAAAUGUUGGAUAACACCGUAAACGUGAUAGCACAAUUAUACAAUUUUAAAUUGUUUGAUUCCAAAUUGGUCUACGAAGUUUUGGACCGUUUGUCUGAGAAGUUUGAAGAGAAAGAUGUGGAGUGCAUCUUACAUAUUCUCAAAGCCAUUGGCUUUGGAUUAAGAAAAGAUGACCCUCUGGCUUUAAAAAAUUUAAUAUUGAAGCUGCAGAAACAGGCUGCAAGUGUUUCUGAGGCUACUAGAGAUAAUUCUAGGAUCAAGUUUAUGUUGGAUAUUCUUCUGGCGAUAAAAAAUAACAAUGUGACCAAAAUACCGAAUUACGACACGUCAUAUUCUGAACAUCUGAAAAAAAUAAUGAAAGGUUUUAUCAGGAAAGGAAAUUAUAUAUCACAGCUAAAUAUUUCAUUGGACGACUUACUGAAAGCUGAUGAAAGAGGAAAAUGGUGGGUUGUUGGCUCAGCUUGGACAGGCAACAUUUCUGAAACCAGUGAGAAAAUUAAUCAGAAUAAAUCUGAGGGUUUUUCAACGAAACUGUUGGAACUGGCUCGAAAACAAAGAAUGAAUACGGAUACUAGAAGGAAUAUAUUUUGUAUUAUUAUGUCAGCAGAGGACUACUUAGAUGCUUUUGAAAAACUUUUAAAACUUGGAUUAAAAAAUCAACAGGAACGGGAAAUAGUUCACGUUAUUUUACACUGUUGUCUUCAUGAGAAGGUUUAUAAUCCUUAUUAUUCAGUAUUGGCACAAAAGUUCUGUGAAUAUGACAGAAAGUUUCAGAUGACCAUAAAAUAUUCCAUAUGGGACAAAUUAAAAGUUUUAAACGAACACUCAGGCUCUCAAAUAUCGAAUUUGGCAAAGCUGUUGACUCACUUGUUUAUAGAAAAAGGAUUGCCAAUUUCCACAUUAAAGAUUGUUGAAUUUAGCGAACUGGAUAAAAUAACUCUGCGAUUUAUUCGACAAAUAUUACUUGGAAUAUUGUUGCAUAAUGAUGUUGAAGCAAUUUUGGGCGUGUUCGAAAAAGUUGCACUGUCCGACAAACUAAAGAUGUUCCGUGAAAGUUUAAGACUGUUCAUUCAUCACUUCCUCUUAAGAAAUCUGAAAUCAGAUACAAUAGAUGCUGAGCAGAAAGCGUUAUUGGAGAACAGAUCUAAAAUUGUUGAAAAGGUUCUGAUUGCCAAAGAAAGCAGAGCCAAAUUUUAAAUUGUUUUAAUAAAUAUUUUUUUUUGUUUUUUUAUAUGCUUUAUUGGAAAAAAUAAAGAAAAUAUUAAUUUGAAA